AUAUUUUUCCUGUGAUUUUUUUUUCUUAGACAAUCUAUUUCAUCUUGACUCAUCAUCAUUCCAAGAUAGUGGCAUCCCUGGGGCUCUCUGCUAAUGUUAAUAUGGUACAGAAGAUUUAAAAUUAGCUGAUGUUCACAAGAAGAAGAGUCACGUGAUGUAUGAAGGCAAACAUAUACACUUUUCUGAGGUUGACAAUAAGCCGUUGUGCUCCUACAGCCCCAAACUGUGUAAGCAGAGACGUUUAAAUGGCUACGCCUUCUGUAUCAGGCAUGUUCUGGAGGAUAAGACCGCCCCUUUCAAGCAAUGUGAAUAUGUGGCGAAGUACAAUAGCCAACGCUGCACCAACCCCAUCCCUAAAUCUGAGGACCGUAGGUAUUGCAAUAGUCACCUACAAGUUCUUGGCUUUUUACCGAAAAAGGAGAGGAAGAAAAAGAACGAUCCAACAGAAGAGGUAAAAGUCCGGCAUCAGAUGGAUUCAAUAGCCUUCAGCCUGACAGUUCCUCCACUGGCUUUGAAGAUGUCCAAUGGCCUGGUUGGGAUGUCCCUCUCUCCACCAGGGGCCCGGCUUCCUCUCCACUACUUGGAAGCAGAAUUGGAAGACCCCUUUGCUUUCAACGAGGAAGACGAAGAGCUCAAGAAAGGGACAGCUGUGAAGAAAAAGUUGCAGAGCAAAUUAGCCCAAAACCGUCAACGCCAGAAAGAAACUGAGAUUCAGAAAGUUCGCCAAGAGCACUUUAGCCCCGCCCCUGCACCUUCGCAGCAGCCGCCUUUGCAACCACAGCAACACGCCCAUCUCUCACCUCUCCCAACGUCUUUAAAGCCAGCAGUGCAUCCGCAGGGCUUGGUCUGCAAGUCACCUCAACCUCAGAAUACCAGCCUACCAAUGCAGGGAGGGGCGCCCACCACGCACGCGAUAGCACAAGCCAGGCAAUCGGCCAACAAAAGACCUCUGCCUCUCUUGCACCCUACCAAGGUUCACGCCCCAGAUCCACCCAGGGCUGACAGGAUCCUCAUGAAAGCCACAGCCUUUUCCCCAUACUCAUUCUGUAGGAGCCGGUUACAGAGACUGGUGAAACUGUGCACUCAAAAGCAUCAGCUGGAUGCUGAUCUCUUUCCACAUUUAGGGUUGGACUGGUCUGAAGAUAGUGGAGAAGAACUGGAAGAAUUAGAUCAAACCUCUCCAUACCAAGUUGCAUGGUCUAUCCGGGAAGCCCUUAGAUACGAAAGGAAUGACUCAAGCCAAGUGAAGCAGAGGGAUGCAUCACCAUGCGGUGGAACCACAAAGGGUGAACCAUGCACUAACAAGGCUCUUCCAUUCACUAAACAUUGUUUUCAACGUAUCCUUUUCAUUGUUCCUCUGUUUAUUUGCGCUUGUCUCAAGGUGUAUGUAAGAGAGAGGCUAAUUUUGUAUUUCUUGGCUUUUUGUUUUGAUGAAGGUAAAAAUGGAGACCUCCUCCCUACCACCGAAGAGGCAGAGGAACUGGAACGGGCCUUGCAGGCUGUAACUUCUCUUGAGUGCCUGAGUACUAUUGGUGUGCUCACUCAAACAGAUGGCGUACCAGUUCAGGAACUAUCAGACAGAGGGAUAGGGGUGUUUUCCCCAGGUGCUGAAUCUUCAGGAAUCCAAUCUUUGAGCCGAGAAGUCAAUGCAGAUCUAGGUGAGCUGCUGAACGGGCGCAUAGUGCACGAUGACAAUUUCUCUGGCCUGGAUCUCGAUGAGAACUUGCUCCAUUCUGCUACCUUAUCCAACCCGUCUACGCCCCUGGCAGGGCAGAUUCAGGGGCAAUUCUCUGCCCCAGCCAACGUUGGCCUUACUUCGGCUACUCUGAUAAGCCAGAGUGCGCUUGGGGAGAGAGCCUUCCCGGGACAGUUUCAAGGACUUCACGAUGGCAGCCAUGCCUCCCAGAGGCCACACCCUGCCCAGCUGCUAAGCAAGGCAGAUGACCUAAUCACCUCACGACAGCAAUACAGCAGUGACCAUUCACACUCCUCACCCCAUGGAAGCCAUUAUGACAGUGAGCAUGUGCCAUCACCUUACAGCGACCAUUUAAGGUCCCCCAGCUCCACCUCUUAUUCUAGCGAUAACUUGGCAGCUACUUUCUCCACUGAGAUGCCCAUCAUAGCACAGCAUCUGCUCCCGUCGCAACUGGAGGUGCCGCUUAGCGGGGUGGUGAACCCCAGAACUCACUGGGGGAGUCUCCCUGUAAACCUCGGUGACCCUUCCCCCUUUAGUAACCUGCUCGGUGCCGAUGGACACCUCCUCUCCACUUCCCUGUCCACACCGCCUACCACGUCGCACUCAGAGACCACCCAGCCGGCCUUCGCCACCGUGACCCCCAACAGCUCGAGCGUGCUCCCGGGGUUACCGCAGACCAGUUUCAGUGGCAUGGGCGCUGCGUCUUCUGAACUCAUGGCCUCCACUUCUCCUAAGCAGCAGCUCCCGCAGUUCAGCGCCGCCUUUGGCCACCAACUAAGCUCCCACAGCGGCAUCCCCAAGGACCUGCAGCCCAGCCACAGUUCCAUAGCUCCUCCCACUGGCUUCGCGGUAACAGGUGCCACAGCUACAAGUACCAAUAAUGCAUCGGCUCCCUUCACCACCUCCAGCUGAGUUUGCCUGCCUGCGAAUGACAGGCAGAUUGGGGUACCUUACAUAACCAUCAUUGCAUCCUCCACCACCACCUUUUCUCUUCCUGGUUUUUGUCACCCCCUUCUUUUUAAAGACUUUUUUUUUUAAUUUAAAACAAAAAAAAAGAGGGGCGAACGUCCUGAUUCAGUACAGACCAGAGUUUUCCCGUUAAGCUCUGUUCUAAUUUAUCCUAUGUGCUGUUCAUGUAUUGGUGCUCAUCUAUUUCUGGCAGGUUGCUGUACUUACCCAGCUAAUACCCAGCUAGGGGAAUACAGCACAGAUACUGGAUGUCAUUGAUUUUAGUCAAAAGGAAGGUGUAAGGUAAUUGACCUUAGAAUCAGAAAUGAGAAGAUACCUCAAAUAAAACAAAUUGCAAGUUCCUAAGGUUCAGAUUGGACUCUCAGUCCCGCUGGCAUCUGGGGAAGGAGAAGGAAAUUGCUUUAUUUUUUGAAGGUGUGGGUGGGAUGAAAGUCAGCCUUUUAAAUUUGAUAACUGGGCACUAUAGAAUUAAGACAAGACCGUAAUCCAGUUGUUAAUUUUGUCAGCUUAACAAGUGGGUUCUUGACCUGUGAGUUUAGAGGUGUGUUUGUAUGUGUAAGUAUAUAGAUGGAUAAACGGCAAUUCUUUUCUUUGUUGUCUUGAAGAAGCUCCUCAAACUAGUGACUGUUCAUACCAAGAUUG